UCGAAAAGUAAUUGAAAUCGACAUUCAGAACCUAUAAUCGAUCAAAUUUUUCCAGGUCGAUUAUUUCGAUUACUUUCCCUUUAAAAACACUACCGCAUAUGGAGUCACGUGACCCCGCUUCGUUACGUUACGUUAUUCCGCCGACAUGUCGAGCAUGGAGAGCUUAAACACUGACACAACUGAGCAACAAGAGCAGCUUGUACCAAAGAAAAACGCAGUCUCCGUCAUUUGGACACAUUUUGGCUUCAGUAAGGAUGACAUCGAACAAAAUGAAGUCAGAUGUAGACACUGUAGAAAAACAGUUUCGACGCCCAAAGGUAACAUCACCAAUUUGUUUCAACACUUGAAGCACAAUCAUGUUACUGAAUAUGAACAGUGCAUGGCUCAAAAAAAACAAAAAGAGACUGACAAGCGCCCAGCAACAAGUGCCUCCGCAAAGCAGAUGUCGAUAACACAAGCGUUCACAAAUGCCACACAGUAUGAGAAGAGUACAAGAAAAUGGAAAGAAAUAACUGACACUAUUUGUUAUUACAUCGCAAAGGAUAUGACUCCCUUGGCUACAGUGGAGCGAAGCGGGUUUAAACACCUCGUUAAAACUCUCGACAGAAGAUACACUGUGCCAUCGCGAUCACAUUUUUCUAAAACUGCGCUGCCAGACAUGUACAAGACAUGUUGUAAAAAUGUAGCUGCUGAACUGAAAAAUGUUCAACACUUUGCAGCCACAUAUGAUCUCUGGUCAAGUAGGACGAUGGACCCAUUCUUGAGCCUUACUUUGCACUACAUUGACGACGAUUGGAAGCUGCGCCAGAGAUGCCUUGAGACGGCAUAUUUUCCAGCCGAUCACACGGCAGACAUGAUUGCGCAAGGUCUGAAAGAUAUGCUUUCUGAAUGGGACCUUGUGGAAGAAAAACUUUCAGCCAUUACGACAGACAACAAAGCAGAGAUGAGCAGCUAUUUGGUGUCCCCCAUGCUGGAUAGUGAGGCAAAUCCACUGGACUGGUGGAGGAAGCAUCAUGUACACUUUCCCACUCUAAGUAAGGUGGCAAAAAAGUAUAUCUGCGUACCAGCUACUAGCUCCCCAUCAGAGCGGGUUUUCAGUUCGGGCGGAAACAUUGUUACAUGCCUCAGGUCCUGCCUGAAACCUGAAAAGGUUAACAUGCUCGUGUUUCUUAGUAAGAACUUAGAGUAAAUUCAUGUUCAUAUAGUGACAUGACAAGAUCGCUAAGAUCACCUCAUGCAAGAGUUUAGAGAGUUCUAUUUUCAUUACAACAAUCUGUUGUUUACAUUGAUACAUUGCACAUUAAAAUAUUUGUUUACAGAAGAUGCAAGAAAUGCACUGUUUAAAAUAUUAUUUACAGGAUAUAUGAGUUAUUUUAUUUAGAAGAGAUACUGCUUAUUUUCUACUUUUAAUAAGAAAAACAUUGAAAAUAAUUUAUUUUGUUUCCAAAAGUGCAAGUUAUUUAUUUUUUACUUUUUUUAUAAGAACAAAGUGACUGUUCGUUUUAGGCAAUGUGUGCUUUAAAUUCAGUUGUUCAACAUUGAUGUUCAAUAAAUAAUCACAGAUAGUAGAUAGUGUGUUUCCUUCAAUUAUUUUAAAAUCAAGCAAUGCACCCUUCAUUCAAAAAUCUCUCACUUGUAAUAUGUGAGCAUAUUUACUGUUCAAAACUUGUCAGUGAACUAUGA